UUCUCAAUGAAGUAACACAGAUUCUCAUUGCUGGCAUAUUAAGAUUAUACUUGAAUUGAUAGACUACUUCUUUUGCAUUGUUAUAUGUCCGAGCAGCUGAUGGUUAAAGUGCUCGUUUGAGAACAGAUGUAAGACAGAAUAAAAAUCUUUAAUUUCAAUGCUUAUAUUGUGAAGGAGUGAAACCGAAAAGUGUUUUAAGAUGUGCGAACAAACAGAAAUCAGUUACUUGGAUGGAGAUAUUGUAUGGGUAAAACUCGGAGCUUGUUGGUGGCCAGGACAAGUUACCGGGUUUCAUAAUUUACCUGAAGAUAUUCAACAUGAAUUUAAAAAGAAGCCUUUAAUAGCUGCUGUUAAGUUCUUUCAAGAAGAUACAUACGAAUUUGUCAAAAACUAUCAACAAAUUUACAAAUACAAUUGCACACAGAAAGAUGAAUUUAUCAAAAAAGGACUUGAUAAAUACAGAAGCAAGAGCAAAGAUGGCUCUAGGUAUAUGGAUAAAUUCCCUGGAGAUGUUGAAAUGGCUGAGAAGUUAACAGGUGGUGAUCCUGAAAUAUUAAGCCAUGAUAAAUUUUGUCCAGAGGAAAAGCCGAAUAUAUCGGCUUUAUUCGGGGAUAAGAAAAUCCCGAAGAAGAAAAAAGAACGAGACGAUAUGCCCAGAAGAAGCGAUGGAAUGGAAGUGGUACGGAAAAUUACACAUCCAAGAUUUUUAAGGGAAAGCGAUCAUGAGGUCCGAAUUCGUCAUCAACCUAGCAGUUUACCGUCUACGCCAAAUAAUGCCGGUUCUCCGCAAUAUCCUUGUCAUUUGUGCAAUUUUACUUCUUCUCGCGUUAAUGUUAUUAUCUGUCAUAUCAAAAGUCAUAGGUCUGGAAGUUCACCAAUGUCAAAAUCAAAAGUAAAGACGUAUUCUCAAUAUAGUGGCAGCCAUUUGGAUGUAGAUACUCCUAAAAGAAAGUAUGCCAGAAAGGAUAAGAGCCAGUCAAGCAGAAGUAAAAGUAGCAGCGAGUCGGGUAAAAGGAAGCAAACUAAACAAAACGAGAAAGCUGCUAAAAAGAAGAAAACAGAUCCUAAAAUUCGUGAUACUAUAUUAGCAGAUUGGGAGGAUGAGUCUGAUGAAGAUAUUAGUCUAAAUCAGAGUACUCUGUCUGAGUCAACGCCUGUAAAUAAUUCACAAACGAAAAGUCAAUUUGAUUUUGAUAAGUCUGAUGAAUCUGAUCAGAAAAACGAUACAAGUGCGGAUCCUAAUGAAAUUAUUGCAGAAACUGAAAAACUUCUUAAAGAAACCGAGAAAUUGACAUCAAUUAAUAUAGUAGAGGAUUCAGCAAAUGAUAUUAAUGUUUCAAAAUCUUUCACGUCGAAUCUUCUUGAUAGGAAAUCGGAGCAAGAGAAAGACAUUCGAACAUCGGAUGUUGAUAUCAAUGAAUCUGCUGGAAAAUCACAGAAAGAGAAGGAACCGUUGAAUUCUGAUAAUGAGAGUAAAUUGAAUGCACCUAGCAAAGAUGAUAAAAAGUCAUUACUGUCUUGUUUUGAUUUUCAUGAAGAGGAACCAUCUAUACCUCCCGUAAGGAAAAAGUCACGCGCGUUUCACCAAAAGAAAGAAAUUAUAAAGGAGUUUGAAAUGAGUCAAGCUUUAAAAACGGAACAAGAGAAGGAAGCAGAGAAUAAUAAAAUUGUGACCGAGACAAAUGAUAAGCUGAAAGAGAACGAAAAGUUGGAUACCGUAUUGUCUCCGUGUGUGAAAGAUUUGGAGAAAUCGGAAACAAAUAAAAUUGUCAAUGAAGACAAACCAACAAACGAUGAGGUUGAACAACUUAAAGAGAAAAGUACACCUGAAAAAUUGCCGGAAGAUGUGCAGACAUCUGGUACUGGUACCUGCGAGACACAGUUAAAAAUUGUAGAAAUAUUCGAGGUUGAAAAGGCGCGGGGUGAAAGCGAAAAUGCUAUGACUACUUCAAAAGCCGAAAUACAAGAAGUUCCUAAAGCAAAACACGAGGAAGAGUUAACAAAAACUACAGAAGUAAAUAUGCAAAUUGAAGCUGUUAACGAAAAACCAGUGGAAACUGAAAAUAUAAUUACUGCCAAUGAGAAUACAGAAAGUAUGGAGCAGCCUCCGAAAGAGGUGGACGAGGUUCUUUCCGAACGGUUGACAACAGAAACAGAAGACGAAACCGUUUCCGAGUCUGCUGAUACAGUCCCUGAACACAGUGAGAAUUCUGAUGCAGAUAUGCUGGAACAAGAUCCAGCAUCCAAUUCUGACAUUACUUUAUCAACUAACGAGCAAUUAAAUGUCACUCCACAGGCGAAAAAGCGUAGAGGUAGACCCAGAAAAUCAAAAUCCUUACAUAUUACCAGUGGGAGUGAAAGUCCAAGGUUAAAGGAUAACAAAAGUCAUCACAAACUUUUCGAAAAAUUUGAAGUCGAGAGAAGGACUUCAGAAUCUGACAGCGAACGUUCGUAUAGUGGGAGAAAGCGAAAGCCGAAUAAAAAAUAUUUAGAGUCUGGCAUAUAUGUGCAAGAUAUUGAUCAACGGAUUUAUAAGACUGAUGAUAGCCAAUCUGAAAGUGAAGAAAAGAGUUCCGAAAAAAUAAGAGGUAGAAGAAAGAGAAAUAAAAAGUUUGCAGCAAUUGACAAAAAAAUAAGCGAGAAUAUCGAGCUUCAGGAGCAAAAAGAGUUAGAAAUCUCUUGUAAUGUGAUGGAGGCAACAAAAAAUAAUGUCAAUUCUUUCAGCAUUGAAUUGCAAGAUGAUUUGACCGAGAGCAGUACACGCAGUAAUGAAAAGAUUGUGAAGGAAGAGACAAUAGAUAGAGACAGUCAAGUUUCCAUUGAAGUUUCUGAAAAAUUGCAAGUGUCUUUGGAGGAAAACAUUUUAUCGAAAGAAUCUGAUGAAGCAUUCAUUCCUUCUGAAGAUACAAAAUCGCAGAUAAUGGAAAAUGUUACUGAAACUAAAGACACAAUACUCGAACUUGAGAAGGUGAAAGGUAAUGAAAUGGAAACUGAAAAUUUAUUAAGCUCAAGUAAUGUUCACGAAGUACAUUUGAAAGAUCUGAAUGCAGAAUCUUCAAGCACAGUUCAGCUGGAAGUUUCAACAGAGAAAGAAGUGUUGCCGCAACAAUCAGACAUUUCUAAAACUAUUGAUAUGUUACCGCCUAAAAAAUCACAAAUUAAAAAGUUCGAGUUGUCACAAAUUGAUUUUUUUGACGAAAAUGCCUCUACUAAUAAAUCUCCUAUAAAGCCUAAACUAGAUAGUGAACAAGUGAAAGUAGAGAACAUUGAUGAAGUUAAAACCAACACAGAUUCGAUUGAUUCUUUGAAAGAGGGGUCAAACUUCUGUCCAGAGACACUUGAAGCAGAUAAUAAAAAUGAGGAAACCGUCAAAGAAGCAUCGAAACAAGAAAGUGAAAUGCAAAAUUAUGAAGAAACUGUACCGAUGAAUGAAAAAGUUCACGAAACGAUAAUAGAAGCUUCUCAAAAUCAAGAUCAAGAAUUAAAAUUAGAAAGCUCAGAACAAGUAUCUAAAGAAAUAGCAUGUGCAUCGGACGAACACCAAGCUCGGAAGAAAUCAUCCAUGCAAACAAGAUACAAAGGAAAAUUUACACCAGACACGGGAGUUAAAUCAAAGAAAGAUAAAGAAUUGUCUCUCGAUGACAAGUCAUCGAAUACAUUCCAAGAAGCUUUUUUGAAAACUCUACAUAUAGACAAGAAAAAGGACGGUGCAGCGGACGAUCCUGAGGCGACUGGGAAAGGGAAGAAAGGCAAGAAAUUAAUGAAGAAGAAACCUGAAGAAGAAGUCGAUCCAAAUACAUCUUCCGAGGCAACGCAAGAUGUGAAAAUCAGUGAGGAGACAGGCAAAACGACAGAAAAUGUACCCAACAGUGAAACUGAGGAAAAUAAUACUCAAGUUACAGUUGUGAACAAUUUUCAGGGUAUAGAGGUCGUAGUUGAUCAGAAUAUUGAAAUUGACACGAAAGUAGAUGAUGCUGUGUUUCAGAACGUUGAUCAACUUGCGUCGUCAUCGAGUGAAUUCGGCAUCACGUCCAAGUCGUUAGCGCCAUCACCUCCUACCGAGGACAGCACUAAAUCUAUUAGCAUAGAUAUGCAAAAGGUGGAUGAAUCAUCAAAGAUGUCCACGUCCAUGCCUUCACCGUCGUCUGACGUUACGGUACCAGUAAAGAAACGUGAAAUGCCACGAAUCAUUGAGAAUGUACCGUUAACUGAGCCCAUGCAGAUUUUAAAGUCAAAAUUGUUAGAUAAGUUACCACAGAAAGGGGUGAAGCAUAAAUUAGAGACAGAUAGUACGAAGAAAUCUGAUCAGAAAAGUAGUCCAAAGGCAAAGCUAAUGAAAAUGGAAACUUCAUCACCGAGCACCAAAACCAAAACUGGUUCAAAAGUAACAUCACAUAUGUCGUUGACUAAAAAGCUACAAGUAUUAAAGGCUGAAGAAGCAGAAACGGCUGCGAUGAUGGAAGCACAAAAUGAACAGUUAAAUUUGAAAACUUCAAAAACCUCUACGACAACCGGUACAUCCGAGAAAUUCAUUCAACAAAGCUCUCAAAGUCUGGCAGACAUGGAAUUAGAUAUAAACUCGAUGCCGUUUGUUUUGAGCGAAGAUGUUUUAACUCCGGAAAAUAUCGAACAGAUGCCAGUUGUUAUAUCCUCCAUUAUACCUGCGUCUAGUACAAUACCAGCAACAUUGUCUUUCACACCUACCACUCAAAUGGUAUCACCUACUCAGACGCAGUUUAAAUUAAGCGACAGUGUACCCGAAUUGUCGCCUACAAAGAAGAAAAGCGGUACUCCUGCGAUUCUGAAGAAUAAAAACAAGGCCAAACCCACAAUUACAAGUAUAAAAACAUUGGUGCCGCCUCUAACUGGUGGUGUUAAAGGUAUAAAAUUCCAAAGUGCUCCGGCGACAAGCAAAGUAUCCCCUCUUUUAACUCAAAAAAGCACUCCAGGUAAAUAUGUGGUGGUGCAGACUGCAGGGGGGCAGCAAUUACGUUAUAGUGUUCAGGGUAAACCUGGCACUCAACAAAAGAUCGCUAUACCGACCGGUAAAAGUGCUGGAAACGCUCAAGUAGUUCAACAAGGAAACAAAGUAGUUAUAUUAACAUCGGCGCAAUCUGGUCAAACGAAAAUGUUACCGUUAAAUAUUUCGAAGACUUUAGGUAGCAAAGUUCAGAGAAUUAUGACCAGUAAAGGGCAAGUGCUUUGUCCCAUUAGUCCACAGGGUAUUAUAAAUUCUACGAAAACCGUGAUUGCUCCAAAAGGGGACGCUGUCUCGCCAACUACAUCUAAAUUGCCCGCAGGCCAUAAGAUUAUUAACACACAGGGUCUAAUAGCAUCGAAAGGUGUGCUGACUCCGAUUUCUGGAGCAAUUGGCAAGACAGCUCUACUGGGAACAUUAUCUCAAAGUAUUUUUACGAAAGGUGGAAUUUAUACACCGAUAAGCGCAGCUGCAUUGAGUGGUGGUAAAGCUAUUAUUAGUUCAAAGGCCUUAGUCACAAAAGGUGCAACGAUUUUGUCUUCUACGAACUUAGGUACUUCUAAAGCUAUUUUAACUCCGAUAUCUCAAACUAUUGCAGCAAAAACUAUUUUAAAUCCUCAAGGUAUCAGUCCUAAAGCCACUGUUUUGACGCCGAUAACAGGACAACAAGUGAAAGCGAUUGCAGCAAAGAGUCCAUCAAAAGGCAGCAAAGUGCAGUAUCAGUCUGUACAACAAAAAGUGCAGUUACCUAUGUUACAAAAAUCGCAAAAGGUCUCAAUGUCUUCUUCUUCGCAAGGAAGAUCGGGACAGGUAAAAGGUGCAGGUAACACGAUGAUGUUGCAGAAUCCUAUCCCAGCGCAAAAAACUGUGCAAGGGAAGAGAAUAGUUAAACAAACAGUUGUACAGCAAGGUUCCUCUGUUCAAAAUAUUACAUCUCAAAGCGGUACCCAGCAUGCAGUGGGUAUAAGUCCGCAAGCUCAACAGAAAGGAAAGGCUGUAUCUACUUCAGGCGUGCAAAAAGUUCUCGUUUCCCGUGGUGGUAGGCAGCAAAAAAUGCAACAGAAGGUCGUUGCCCAGAAAGCACAUGAUCCUGCAAUCACGGCUGUACAAAAUAUUCAAAUGAAACAAAUGGUUCCAGGAUCAAUGACAGGUGCGCCAGGUAUGUCCAGGACAUCGCAACAGAAACAAUCGAUUGGUAGCGUUACACCCACGAAAUCUGGUAAAGGUCAUGCGAUCAGUAAAGCUGCCCAACAUCAGAAGAAUUUGUUGAAUAUAGCAAUGAAUUCAGCGGCUACAAGUAACGUGAACACGAAUCUUUCCGCGUCUUUGUCUCUUCCGCCAUUAGAAUCUGUCGAUUCGGACAAGAAAUCGAAACUGGAGAACAUACUUACCGAAGCUGUUCAGAAGGAACAACUUAAAGCGGAAAUGGAAAAGGUCGAUGAACCGAAGAUAACAGCACAACCGCAAAUAAUGGCACUGCCGACAGAAAGCAGCGAUGGAACGCAAACUUACGUUUUAGUAACAAUCGACGAACAAGGACAGAUACAGCCGCUUGAUAAUAAUGCUCUUAUGUCAUUAGAGGGCACAACACAAAAUCCAGACGGCACAAGAACCUUGUACAUAGAUCCCAGUUCGUUAGGAGAAGCUGGUACAUUAGACAACAUUGUGUUGCAAUUUGAUAAUGGCGUACUACCAAGUAUACAAACCAGUACCACGGAACCUGUACAGACCAUUAUCUCAGAAAGCUUCCCCACAGCGGAAGUAAUACCGACAUCGAAUCAAGAUAUCUUGGCGGCUGCUCUCGCUAAUACAGAUUUCCAACAAGAAAUCAGUUUAUCGGAGAAUCCAACGGCAAGUGUGAUGACUGCUGGCUUGACUCAGACAAGUCUGAUCAAUCAGACUAUAUUACAAUCAACUAUCAUCCCUCCGACAGAACCAAUAUCUUCACCUUCCGUGCUCGAAACGUCGUUGACUUUAAAUCAACCCAUAAUGACUCCACUAGAGGUACCUACCAGUUUACCGAUACAGGCAGAAGCACUUCCGACAUCUACUGUGACAGCCAUCCCAACGUCUCUUGAAUUACCGAUCACGAUCACAAAUCCUACAAUUUCUUACAUAGCAACGGGCGAAACGCAAAUCCAAAUUCCCGGCAAUUCUAUGCCAGAUAUUGGAGAAAUCAUGGAAAGUCCAAGUACCGCGGAUAUUGUAAGAACAGACAUUCCUGUAACUACUCAGUAUCUGGUACUGCCGGGUUUGGAGGCUAAUAUUCCUGCAGAAGUACAGCACGAGCAAAGCGACGCUAUAUCAAUACCAACUGUUUCGUAUUCGGUAGCGAUACCAAAUAAUGUAGUUCUGCAAAGUUCGCAAGUUCAAACGACCCCUUCGAUGCCGAUAAUAGACGACACCUUCGCAGGAAAUGCACAACUUAGCUCUAACGUAGAACCAUCAAUAACGACGGAGCAAAGCUUUGCGGAGGUACCGGUUACCGAGAUGCUUGUCUCAAAGUCUCCUACUUCUACGGAAAGUGUACAAUCGCAAGACACCGUUGUAACAUCGGAGGUGAUAGUACCUCAAGAUGACCCUGCAUCUUCUCAAGAAUCUAUCGUGUCAACGAAUGAGGUUAGUGUUUCAAACGAAGAACAGGACGCAGCAAUGCCUUUGCAAGAAACGUAUUCUUCUCAAGAAGAACCCAUUAAGUCGGAAGAAAUAAUUUUACAAUCUACAAUUGAUAAAGAAGAUGAUAAGUCUGAUGUGACGAUGGACGAACGAAGCAAAGAGGAUAGUAAUAACGAUAGUGUAAUGCAUAUGCAAAUUGUAGAGCAACCAGAUGAAUCCAUGACGAGCAGUAUGUCCAUAGUCGACGAUACUGCUGUAGUUACAUCUGAGUCCAGUGUAAAAAUGCCGUCUGUCGAACGUACGAGCUUCGAAGAGUCGAAUGAAAUCGAUACAAACACCUCUCUGGAAGCAAAAAAUAUACAGAAACUUAAAGAACUGCAUUUCACUGAACAGUCGGACGGGAAGGUCGUCCACUCUCCUGUAACAGAAGAACAAGCAGCAACAUCUAACGAGGUGGAAGGUGCUCGAGAAACGUCUGAAAUUUUACCCGCCGAGUCGAUGAACCGUUUGGACGAGCAGAGUAUGGAUAUAGACGAAGCCAUCGGCUCCAAACUUUAUGCUGCAAGUAUAAUAAAGGAACCAGAAGAUUGUCAACGAGACGAGCCAUCGUCUCAGGGAGAAUCAGAACCGGUCGAAAGGAACAUAGACUUGCAGUUCGAUGAGACGAAUUCGGAGACUAGUCAUGAAACACCGUCACAGUCCUAUGAACAGUUCGGUGUUGCCGUGACUACCGAUUCUACUGAUUUACCUAGUCAAUCUGCUACGAAAUCAGAAAACUCGAGGGAGCCAUCGCAGUCGAUAACGUACGAACCAAUGGAAACGGACGAAGAGGCGAUCGUCACAGAGCCGCCGAGUCAAUCGUUUGAACAUUCGAAGAUGAACGAAGCUUCGCAAUCGUAUGAAACUUCCGCGGAAGAAAGUACGAACGCACCCACGCAAUCCUUCAACGAGCUCAUGCAGAGUCAAGAUGAAAGGACAAGCAUGGACGAAGGUAUAGACGAUCAAACGUUCCCAACCCAGAGCUACGACGUCGGUAAGGCUGAAAAUAUUCCAGAGAACUUGGAAACCGAUACGGAAAUUAGCCAAGAGGGAAACAUGCCGUCUCAGUCUAAUGACAUCGGUGCUGACGGUAUUGGUACAUCAUCAGUGUCCACGAACAAUUCCGGGCUGAACGAGGAUGAAACCGCGAGUUCGUCGUACGUUCCAGAAACGCCUGAGAAUCAAGAGAGAGAUCCAGACCAAGAAAGUGCAAUAAGUACAUCAUCCUGCGAGAUUCCACCAUGUGCAGAAUUGAAUAUCGCGUCCUCUAGCGGGGAGCACACAACCAUCCAUGACAAUGGAGUACCUGAAAUACCAACAUCGUCGUACAAUCUGAAUCCAGACAUUACAUCGACUCACGUGGAUUCAGUGCCGACCUCUAGCUACGAAGAACAAAAUGUGUCGACCUCGUACGAGGUGCCGAUUUCAAUGCCCGGCCUAGAAGAGACUCCCUCGCAGAACUUUGUCACCGAGAGUACCGAUCACAGAAACGAACCUUCCAGUUACUAUGCCCAUCACCAAGAAGUGACAGCAAGUUACUACGAAUCGGUUGGCCAAGAAACAAAUUCUAGGCUGGACGAAGAUCCACAAGAGGAGGUAACGCCCAGUUAUUAUGAGGCUAACCCACAGGAAGCCAGUCAGAGCUACUUUACACCAGAAGAAGCUACGCCGAGCUAUUCCAGCCAUAAUGUUUCGCCGAGUUACUAUGAUCAUAGACCAGAGAGCGAGGCGAGUCAAAGUUAUUACUCAGCGGAUGACAUACAGAAAACAGAACGAUCCUCCUCGCAGAAUAUCGAGGCGUCCCAAAGCUUCUACCAAGAGCAAUCUGACGAGUUAAAGUUAAGACAACAGGGAGAAGCUACGCCGACCUAUACCGAAAGAUAUCCGGUCGAUUACACAUUGGAGAAUUCCCCGAUAGAAAGGCACGAUCUUGUAGAAAGUUCUGUACCAGCCACCAGGCCUACAGAGAGGUAAUACAUUAUGAUGGGUAAUAGCAUUACGCUAUAAGGAGAGUCCUUGUUUUUUUAUAGACUAUUGAUCAUU